GCGGAGCCGAGGGGAGCCGGCGAGCGGAGCGGUGGAGCAGGGGAGGGCGGCGAUCGCUGCGGGGCUCGGGACUAGCUGAUAUCCAUAAGACAUAAUUAUCUAUCCAGUUUUCUUGUGUCAACUAGCCUGUGAGAUCUUUUUCCCCAGAAAGAAGAAAUUAUGUAAGGCAUUCACUAUCAAAACUUUAAGGUCAAAGGUGAGAAGGAAGUUCAGGAAGAACAUGGCCUGGCCAAAUUUUUUUCAAAGAGGAACUCUGCUUUCCCAUUUCAGUCAGCAUCAUGUUGUUGUGUUUCUGCUCACCUUCUUCAGUUAUUCAUUGCUCCAUGCUUCAAGAAAAACAUUUAGCAACGUCAAAGUCAGUAUCUCUGAGCAGUGGACCCCAAGUGCUUUUAACACGUCAGCUGAAUUGCCUGUAGAGAUCUGGAGCUGCAACCACUUGUUCCCCAGCGUAGAGGAAGCCACUCUCUUCCUCGGAACACUGGACACUAUUUUCCUCUUCUCCUAUGCUGUGGGUCUUUUCAUCAGCGGCAUCAUUGGGGAUCGACUGAAUUUACGAUGGGUUCUAUCUUUUGGCAUGUGCUCUUCUGCAUUAGUGGUGUUUGUCUUUGGCACUGUGACAGAAUGGCUGCACUUCUACAACAAAUGGCUGUACUGCUGCCUGUGGAUUGUGAACGGCCUGCUGCAGUCCACUGGGUGGCCCUGCGUGGUAGCUGUCAUGGGCAACUGGUUUGGGAAAGCUGGACGAGGAGUUGUUUUUGGUCUCUGGAGUGCCUGUGCUUCAGUAGGCAAUAUUUUGGGAGCGUGCCUAGCUUCUUCUGUACUGCAGUAUGGUUAUGAGUAUGCCUUUCUGGUGACGGCGUCUGUGCAGUUUGCUGGUGGGAUCGUCAUCUUCUUUGGACUCCUGGUGUCACCAGAAGAAAUUGGUCUCUCGGGUAUUGAGGCAGAAGAAAAUUCUGAAGAAGACUCACACCGGCCGUUAAUUAAUGGUGCCGAAAAUGAAGAUGAAUAUGAGCCUAAUUAUUCAGUCCAAGAAGACAGUGCUGUUACCCAAGUCAAGGCCAUCAGCUUCUUUCAGGCUUGCUGCCUUCCUGGAGUCAUGCUGUAUUCACUGGCCUAUGCCUGCUUGAAGUUGGUGAAUUACUCCUUCUUCUUCUGGUUGCCCUUUUAUCUGAGUAACAACUUCAGGUGGAAGGAGGCUGAAGCUGACAAGCUGUCCAUUUGGUACGAUGUUGGAGGAAUCAUAGGUGGAACUUUACAAGGCUUCAUCUCUGACAUAUUACAGAAGAGAGCACCAGUUUUGGCUCUAAGUCUGCUUCUGGCGAUUGGUUCCCUUGUUGGGUAUAGUCGUUCUCCAAACAAUAAGUCCGCUAAUGCACUUCUGAUGACUGUUACAGGAUUUUUUAUUGGUGGACCUUCUAAUAUGAUUAGCUCUGCUAUUUCUGCGGACCUGGGUCGCCAAGAGCUGAUCCAGGGGAGCAGUGAGGCUUUGGCGACUGUCACAGGAAUUGUUGAUGGGACUGGGAGCAUUGGAGCAGCCGUGGGCCAGUAUUUAGUGUCUUUGAUCCAGGACAAGCUAGGAUGGAUGUGGGUUUUCUACUUUUUCAUUCUCAUGACAAGUUGUACAAUUGUGUUUAUCUCACCAUUAAUAGUGAGGGAAGUAUUGUAUCUUGUGCAAAGGAGACAAGCUCACGUAUUGAGUGGGUGACUGGUGCCCACAAGAAGAAACGAACCGUGGGAGACACGUCAGGACUGUUAUGUUUUCUAAUUCACCCUCUUUUGAGGUCAUCUAAGAGCUCCAGCA